AUGUCUGGAACCGAUUACACCAAGACAGCUAUCGUCUCUGUCUACGAUAAAACCGGGUUAUUGGACUUGGCCAAGGGGUUAGUGGCUCAAAAAGUCAGAAUCUUGGCUUCUGGUGGAACUGCUAAGAUGAUUAGAGAAGCUGGCUUCGCCGUUGAAGAUGUUUCUACCAUCACCCAUGCCCCUGAAAUGUUGGGUGGUAGAGUGAAGACCUUGCAUCCUGCUGUUCAUGGGGGGAUUUUGGCCAGAAACAUGGACUCUGAUGAACAAGAUUUGGAAGCUCAAGGUAUCAAAAAGGUUGAUAUUGUUGUCUGUAACUUAUAUCCAUUCAAGGAAACCAUCUCUAAGGUUGCUGUCACUGUUGAUGAAGCGGUUGAAGAAAUCGACAUUGGUGGUGUUACCUUAUUGAGAGCUGCCGCUAAGAACCAUGCUAGAGUCACCAUUUUAUCAGAUCCUAACGAUUAUGCUGGUUUCUUGGAGGAAUUGAAGUCCGGUGAAGUCUCUGCUGAAUCUAGAAACAAGUAUGCAUUGAAGGCUUUUGAACACACUGCUGAUUACGAUGUAGCUAUUUCUGACUUUUUCAGAAAGCAAUACGCCGAAAACACUUCACAAUUGCCUUUAAGAUACGGUGCCAACCCUCACCAAAAGCCUGCUCAAGCUUUUGUUUCCCAAGGUGAAUUGCCAUUCAAGGUUUUAAGUGGUUCUCCUGGUUACAUUAACUUGUUGGAUGCUUUGAACUCAUGGCCUUUAGUCAAGGAAUUAUCCGCUUCCUUAAACUUGCCUGCUGCAGCUUCUUUCAAGCAUGUUUCUCCAGCCGGUGCCGCUGUUGGUUUGCCAUUAUCUGAUGUUGAAAAGAAGAUUUACUUUGUUGAAGACAUUGAAAACUUGUCUCCAUUAGCCAAUGCCUACGCUAGAGCUAGAGGUGCUGACAGAAUGUCUUCAUUUGGUGAUUGGAUUGCUCUUUCUAACAUUGUUGAUGUUCCAACUGCUAAGAUUAUCUCUAAGGAGGUUUCCGAUGGUGUCAUUGCACCAGGUUACGAAGAAGAAGCCUUAGCUAUCUUGAAAAAGAAGAAGGGUGGUAAGUACUGUGUUUUGCAAAUCGACCCUAACUACAACCCCGAAUUGUUGGAAUCCAGACAAGUUUACGGUAUUACUUUACAACAAAAGCGUAAUGAUGCCAUCAUCAAGUCAUCAUCUUUCACUGAAAUUGUUUCCAAGAACAAGGACUUGCCUGAGCAAGGUCUUAUUGACUUGACUGUUGCCACAAUUGCAUUAAAGUACACUCAAUCUAACUCUGUGUGUUACGCCAAGAACGGUAUGGUUAUUGGUUUGGGUGCUGGUCAACAAUCUCGUAUCCAUUGUACUAGGUUGGCUGGUGACAAGGCUGACAACUGGUGGUUGAGACAACAUCCAAGAGUUUUGGGUCUCAAGUGGGCCAAGGGUGUUAAGAGACCAGAGAAGUCCAACAACAUUGACUUAUUUGUCACCGGCCAAAUCCCCACUUCUGAACCAGAAAAGUCUGAAUACGAAUCUAAGUUUGAAGAACUUCCAGAACCUUUGUCUGCAAAGGAAAAGGCUGAUUGGCUUGCCAAGUUGGAAAACGUUGCUUUGUCAUCAGAUGCCUUCUUCCCCUUCCCUGAUAAUGUUUAUCGUGCUGUCAGAUCUGGUGUUAAAUACGUUGCUGCACCUUCUGGUUCUGUUAUGGACAAGGCUGUUUUCGCUGCUGCUGACUCUCAUGAUCUCGUCUAUGUGGAAAAUGCUAUUCGUUUAUUCCACCAUUGA